AUGGUUGCAAUGAAGCCGGUUGCGAAAAACUCAAAAUCCGUGAAAGGUACGAAGAAGACCAUCAGAAAAAAGAAGGUUCAUCUCAAAUUCAACAUUGAAUGCAAGAAUCCCGCUGAAGAUGGAAUCUUCAAUACCGAAGACUUUGAGACUUUCCUGAACGAGAAGAUAAAAGUGGGAGGAAAAUGCGGUCAACUCGCCAAUUCCGGAGUCAAGGUUGAGGUCAACAAGACCAAAGUCUCCAUCAUUGCUGAUGUACCAUUUUCAAAGCGCUACCUCAAGUACCUCACCAAAAAGUACCUGAAGAAGCACUCUCUUCGUGAUUGGCUCCGUAUUGUCGCCAUUAACAAGAACACAUAUGCGUUGAGAUACUUCCACAUCAACCAAGAUGAGGACGAGGGCAGCGAUAAUGAGUAA